AUGCCGCAGCCGACGAGAUCCGCUCAACUGAGUGUGCCGACGCCGGCCCCUACGAAGACCUCCGUGAUGCAUUCACAGCCACGCCCGCGUCUCGCCGGUGCCUCUCCCAGUGCUGUGCUUGUCAACACCACGCUCGGAGUGCCUCCGGGACCGAUGUUGCGCCAGCAUUCCACCACACCAGAGGUGUCGCCGCUGAAUUCGAAGUCCGCGUCCACGGCAGCCUGGAACCCCACCAUGUCUUCACCACUUCCAUCGGUACCAGCGAACAGCUGGUAUGCUAAGCCGUUUGUCGAGCGACCUGAUGUACCAAUGUCUGCUUUCCAUCGGGACCACCGCGGCAAGAUAAUUUUCUCAUCUCGUCCAAUACCGGUCGAGGGGUCGGAAUUGUUAGCGCUACCUGGACAGAAACUGCAGACCUUGACCGUCUGCGAGGUGGGCAAAGACCUUCUCUACGGAAUGGCCUACCUCUACGCCACACCGCUUGCCAUCGAGCAUCAGUGGCGCGGCCGUGUUGCGCACCUCCUUCAAGUGCGGAAGCAGCAGGCACCGAUACCAGACAUCAUGCGCCGAGGUGUGCAGGAGCUCACCAUACUGCAGCGACAGCAACCGGUGCAGGGGGGUGAGCGAGUAUCAACGCUGAUGCCCUCGUCUUCGCCGAA